GCGACUUUCCUUCCCACAGCCCCUCGCGCCCUUCCUUUCCAACUUGGGCCCGGCAGAAUGGCUCCCGCAAAGAAGGGUGGUGAGAAGAAGAAGGGCCGUUCUGCCAUCAACGAGAUGGUGACCCGAGAAUACACCAUCAACAUUCACAAGCGCAUCCAUGGAGUGGGCUUCAAGAAGCGUGCUCCUCAGGCACUCAAAGAAAUUCGGAAAUUUGCCAUGAAGGAGAUGGGGACUCCAGAUGUGCGCAUAGACACCAGGCUCAAUAAAGCCGUCUGGGCCAAAGGAAUAAGGAAUGUUCCGUACCACAUCAGAGUACAUUUGUCCAGAAAGCAUAAUGAGGCUGAGGAUUCACCAAACAAGCUCUACACACUGGUAACUUACGUGCCUGUUACCACAUUCAAAAACCUGUAGAUGGUCAAUGUGGAU